CUAGGCAAAUUCAGAAUACACACACGGGGCUGGAUUUGUCAGUGCCGAAAUACCAGGAAAUCCAUGGGAAGAUGAUGUCUGGCCAUGUGGAGUAUCACAUUUUCGUUGUUACCCGACUGGCUGCCUUCAAAUCAGCAAAGCACAAGCCUGAAGAUGUAGUACAAUUUAUGGUUUCCAAGAAGUACAGCGAGAUAGAGGAGCUCUACCAGAGACUGGCGACACGAUACCCACAGGCUUCUCUUCCGCUCUUGCCUAGAAAGGUUCUCUUCGUGGGGGAAUCUGACAUCUGUGAACGAAGAGCUAUGUUCAAUGAUAUCAUGAAAUUCAUCUCAAAAGAUGAGGAUCUAGCAACAAGUCCUGAGUUACUGGAAUUUUUAGGAACAAAAUCUACUAGUGCCAUUGACUUCAAGGGUAAAAACAUUCCUGAUAACAAGGAGAAAGAAGAUGAAGAAAAUGAGGCGUUGGAUUUUUUUGAAGAGGAGAAGACGCCUGACUUAAUCUCACAGCUUUCAUUAGUGGAAAAUGCCAAAAAAGGGGAAAAAAAAGAAGAAGAGGAGGAAGAAGAUUUAGACCCUCUUGGUAUAAUCAGAACUAAAAAAACAAAGAAGACAUCUGCUUCUCCAACCAAGAAAGAGAAGCCCAAAUUAACCAUUUUUGAAGAGGAAAUAGAUCCAGAUGAAGGACUCUUUGGCCCAGAAAAAGAUUUCUCAUCACUUAGUCCCAGGAAGAAGACGAAAGAGAAUCUGAAAUUAUUUGAAGAUCCAGACCUUGGUGGGGUGGUAAGACUGGGUGACUCACUACUGCUGCCAGCUGCCUGUAAGAACACGGAGUAUGUGCUGAACACAGGUCCUGAGGAGGACACUGAGGAACUGCUGAGAGUUGAAGAUGAUUUAGAGAAACUCUUGAAAGUAACCACCAAACCAAAACCUAAGGUACCAUCAAAACCACCACUGCCUCAGAAGCCAGCAGUUGCCCCCAGGAGCACCAGUUCAUCUCCACUGGCAAAGCCAAAGGAAAACAGGAUUCAGACAAUGAAUGAAGUGGACAUUCUUCAGUAUAUCCAGGAAAAUGAAUCAAUCAACAACGAAGAUACAAGUCUUUUUUGA